UGUUUUUCCUCGGCUAAAACAUCUCAGCUUUCCUAGCAGCAUCAGCAAGCAACAUUGGCUAUUUGUUUCACGCGUAGGAUUUCUCCCGAAGUCUCAGGUCGAUUCCCGUUAUCGAAAUACGAGAUUAAAAUAAAGUUUAAAUUCGAGAUGUCAGCCGAGCAAGUGAUCGAUUUGGUGGGUGACGAAAAUGACGACGUGAUUGUGAUUGACGAUAGUCCGAAAACAAGCAUUUGCGAGGAUAACCCUAUGGAAGAUAGUGACCAAAACAGUGAGGAUCGGAAACCCUUCGACGCUGACGAUAUUCCGGUUCAAAUGGACGUGGACGAGAUCAUUCCAAUCAAUAAUCAAACUCUCGCCGAGGAAAGAAAAAAUUCAGGCAACGAGCUGUACAAACUAAAACGGUACGAUGCAGCCCUCAGUCUGUAUACGGAAGCAAUCAACCUGUGCCCGGACACUCCAGCCUACUACGGGAAUCGGGCUGCCACUUACAUGAUGCUCGGUGACUACAAAUCCGCCCUGAGGGACGCCAAACAGUCGGUCCAGAUGGACGCCAAGUUCGAGAAAGGCUACAUGAGGAUGGCCAAAUGUUGUUUACUGAUGGGUGAUCUGAUCGGCACUGAGCAAGCAAUCAAAAAAUUUCUGGAGUUAGACCCCUCCAGUCCGGUGUUGAAGCAUGAAGUGCACAGCCUGAAACAGCUGCGUGAAAUCAACGAAAAAGUCGCCAUUUGCUACGACAAGCAGGACUACCGGACGUGCUUGUACCACUGUGAUAACGCAAUUAAGAUCUCUCCCGCCAGCAUACACUACAAGUUGCUCAAGGCGGAAUGUUUAGCGCUGCUGGAACGCUUCGACGAGGCGGGAGACAUUGCGAUCAGCAUAAUGCAGUCGAAUUCGACCAACGCCGAUGCGAUUUAUGUGCGCGGGCUCACGCUCUACUAUAGUGAUAAUCUGGAGAAGGGACUGCUGCACUUUGAGCGGGCUUUACAACUUGAUCCGGAUCACAAGAGGGCGAAGACCAUGCGGAUUAAGGCAAAGCACCUGAAGGAACGGAAGGAAAGGGGUAACGAGUUGUUCAAGACCGGGAAAUUCAGAGAGGCACAAGCGGUAUACACAGAGGCCCUCGCACUGGACCCUUUGAACAAGGAUAUCAACAGCAAGCUCUACUACAAUCGAGCGCUCGUGAGCUCUAAACUUGGCAAUAUGCGGGAAGCUAUCACGGAUUGCACAUGUGCGCUGAAUCUAAACGAGAAAUACAUGAAAGCGCUGUUACAGAGAGCGAAGUUACACUACAAUUUGGAGAAUUUUGAGGAAUGUGUUAAAGAUUACGAGAAAGCACUUAAGUUCGAGAAAACAGUAGAAUUGAAGAAUCUACUCAAAGAUGCAAAACUGCAACUGAAGAAAUCGAAGCGCAAGGAUUACUACAAAAUAUUGGGCGUUUCGAAGCAAGCCACCGAAGACGAGAUCAAGAAGGCUUAUCGUAAGCGGGCACUGGUCCAUCACCCGGAUCGUCAUGCGAACUCUUCGGAGGAAGAGAAAAAGGAGCAGGAACGCAAAUUCAAGGAAGUUGGCGAGGCGUACACAGUUCUGUCUGACGCUGGCAAGAAAACACGAUACGAUAGUGGAUAUGAUAUCGACGAUCUCGAACAGUCAGACAUUGACCCGCAGCACAUGUUCCGACAGUUCUUCCAAUUCCAAGGAGCGGAUACAGGAUUUGGUGGAGGCUUCGGAGGCAACAACAGUAAUUUCACUUUCCGUUUCGGUUAAUUUUGCACGCAAGAAGCGAAACGGAAAUCUGUGGAUGAUUUAUUAGGCUGUACUUGUAAUAGAGAAAAUGAAAAAAAUCAACUACUAAUCAGAAACAACAGUCGCUAGUGUGUAAAGUAGUAUUCUGUUUUAUUUGCUGAUAAAUAUUGGAAGUAGUAAAAUAGUCUGGCUGAAUCCGAUAAAUCUUGGCCGGAUUCAAAUGAAAAUGUACUUGACUUUUCUAACAUUCUUUCUUAUAUGGGAGUAAAAACUUUUCUGCUCCAGCCCAUGCUACCAACACAGUCGCAAAUCCUGAGAUAUAUAUUCGAAUCCAAUUGAAUACAGAGCGCUGUGCGUGAUGUAUAAUAAUAAUUAACAUUUCCCCAAUUAUGCGUGAUUACUCAUAUGAUCCUCUGUCACAAUUUGAAAACAAAGAUAAACAACACAAUCUAGAAAUGUUACAGCAGUAGAAAUGCUUUCCUGCUGAAUUGGUAGCCAAAAGUAACAUGAACUUUUUCAAUCGUAAAAAUAGAGAAAUGUUGGUUCAUGCGACGCAAA